AUGGUUCCAACCAUCGAGUACGUCCCUGAAGCAGACACUCUGGCCGUUGUGACUUUGAAAGAAACCCAAUCUGCAAGUUUACGGACAACGAAUGCAAUUUUGAUAGGUUUGCUUCCGUUAACUCCGUUUUUGUGUAGUUUGAAACAUCUCAGCUGCUCUUCUAAUCGCUUCAUACAUUCUGAACGCCAUUUUCAUGGUGACUGUUGCAAUCAGGCAAGCUGAUCCUCUCUAAAAGACUAUUUUCGAUGUUUCAGCAAAGCUCUCCGUCAGCAAAAUAUUUAUCUUAUGUACUGUCAUCUGGCCUUGAUAAACAUUUGGGACCUUACUUUCAACGUUUUCUUUUCUCUUCUUUUUGUCGCCAACGGUUCCUGGACGAUGGGUGAUCGCUGGUGCAGUUUCAACGCAGCAUCUCAACAGGUUCUGAGAGAACUUUUCUAUAAUUAUUUAUUUUUUUCAGUUUGUCCAAUUAUACACACUGCUUUUCUUGAUGUUGAUGGCUGCUGAAAGAGCUUUUGGAGCGAUUCUAGUUCAAGAACAAAUUGUCCAGCAGAUAAAACCACUAAGUGUUCUCAAAAUAGCUAGUAAGAUCUUCUUUGUAGAUGAAACGAAAAGAAAGUUUUCAGUGAUCACAUUACUGCUUUUCGUAGUUUCUGUGAUGAUUUCUUCUGUUAUUUUCUUCCCAUUCGUUCCCGUUAAGGCUUUCCGAAAUCGAUAUAUUUGUGGAGUUGACAUGUGAGAGUACAGAAUGAAACAUAUCUUAUUCUACCGGUUUUCAGAGACAGUCCCCUGGGAUAUGUUAUUGCGAGGGUAGUUCUUUACUUUGGAUGCCUUGCUAUGACAUUAGUUUGCAUAGUCGCUAUACUGAGAAAAAAAGUUGGUUGAGGCUCUGAAUAUAACUUUUAAUUUCCGUCUCAGACUGUUGCAUCAAUACCGCUCCAAUCACACGAAUAUGCAGAAUUUAUUAAGAAGAAUCGAGCUGUUCAACACCAUAAAAGCAGAGCGAAACUGGUACUUUUCUCAAGUUUUUGAAUUUCAAUUCUUUACAUUCAGGUGAUUUUGUUGGUUUGCGUUUUCAUAUUACUCGAAGGACCUUAUGUCACUCUCUGUUUCAUUUAUGAAGUGAGUGAAAUAUCAGUUGGGUGUAAUCAAAAGUGUUCAGACUUACAACAGCCAUGAAUUCUUGGAAGAAGCUCUAGAUGUCGCUCAGGAUACCGAUACGCUCAUUACUUGGUUGAAAUUUAUCUUCCCGCUUUUAUGCCCUAUAAUAGUAAGCUGAACUCUUUUCACUCUUCAAUCAGUGUUUCCAGAUGCUCUGUUGGUGCAAUGACGUCUGGGUGAGAGUCAAAGAAGUUCUGUGCUGCCGAUCUUAUGAUCCUCCAACUAUUGGUCACUACAUGCCGCAGUACAGAGGUUUUUUCAAAAAUGUACCAGAUUAUCUUUUAUUUUAUUCAUUUCCAGGCGCCGCUGCAGUUCCUAGCGUCAUGACAUUAGUUGCGACGGAUCAAGGCGUUCAAUUGAAAAUGCCGCAACACGCAGCUCCUCACCUGUCCGGAGGCAUGGCUACCAGCGUCUCCAACCGUACCAAUAGGGAACCUCAAAACAACACAGAUGAAGAAAGCGAGGACCUUUUCGAUCCACCGGAAGAAAGUUCAGGUAGCUGUAAGCUGGAUGAGUUACAAUGAAAAAAGAACCCGUAUCUCCAAAAUUACAAAAAAAAACAGAUGUAUCAAAACUCAAUGAAUUGAAAAAAUUACAUUAGGGUAAAUACGAUCUUUAUUUAGCAAUCACUCAAGGAAGACAACGUUCUCCAGUUCGAUCCCAAGCGACUUCAAAAUCACUGCCUCAAACCUCAAGAAAGAAAAAGCAGCUGCACGCCAAAAAUCGGAGAAAUAGUAAACCGGCUUCGAGAAAGGCUCAAACCCACGGGAAAAGUUUGACUCGACCUGAAAACGUGUUCAACCUAUUUUUGAGACACUUCUGAAACGCCGAAAACGGUCCGAAAGUCGACGAAAAGUAAUACGAACCAACGCAAACCUCCGCCAACUUGGAAAUGA